GCUUCGGCGACGGUGCGACGUGUGGUCCGUCGGAGUGGUGGGGACCGCUCGUGGAGCCGCCCGGGGCCGCGAAGGACCGCUGGUGGAGCCGCUCGAGGCCGCGAAGGACCGCUGGAGGCGCUAGCGACCGCUCGGGGGCGCGGUAUACCGCUCAGGCCUCGAAGGACCUCUUGCGGGGACGCUGACGGCGUGGACGAGAGCCUUAACCUCGGUCCUCGGCGGGGUCGCUGCAGGAAAGGUGUCGGGGUGGUCGGCGAGUCAGUCUGAUCAGGUCAGGUCAGGUCAGGAUACUGACAGCCGGUGUUGUCUGCAGCGGAAGACCACGGGAUGUGUGUUGUCAUCGGCUGCGACGGUCCACGAAGGGAGUGAAAAUGCGACUUUCGGCUGCACUGGAAUGGAGCCUGCUGCUGUUCUUCCUUGGAACAACAUUCGUCGACGGAAAGACGGUGUGUCAGUUCCCGUGCCCGGCCUGUCCGGAGGAGGUACGGUGUCAGGAGGGCGUCAGCCUCAUCCUGGACGGGUGUCGAUGCUGCCCCAUCUGCUCCCGCCAACACGGGCAACGCUGCGACACCGUCCAGCUCUGUGACGUCACCAAACAGCUGGUCUGUGAUGUCGCCGGCAUCUGCCGAGGCCGUAACUUCAGCAGCUGUCUGGUGAACGGCACCUCGUUCCACGAUGGCCAGACGUUCCUGCUCGACUGUCGUACCCAGUGCACCUGCCAGGACGGCAGUUACGCGUGCACCUCGCUCUGCCCGCACGAGAUGAUCCGGCCGUCCCGGCGCUGCAAGAACCCAACGCUGGCCGAAGUCAAGGGCGAGUGCUGCCGCCAGUGGAUGUGUGCUGACGAGGCGCCGGUGACCGCGCCUCCGUGCGAACCGCUCACCUCUGAUUGGUCGCCGUGUUCGGCCACGUGCGGAGGGGGAGUGUCCACGCGGAUCUCCAACAAGAACACGGACUGCACAUUGGUGAAGGAGACCCGCCUGUGCCAGAUCAGAGAGUGUCCACUGCCAGACGACACCUCGUGGAGCCAGCCCCUGUACCGCAUGAUGCAGCAAGACGACAGGGUGUGCCACCCGACCCAGCGAGCCCCCAUGCCGGUCCACCUCCGCUGGUCCAACUGUACCUCCGUGCACCGCUACCGACCGCGCUUCUGCACCGCCUGCCGGCGCCGGUGCUGCCGCCCGAUGGCGACCUCCACGACGCCACUGCCGUUCCGCUGCGACCUUGACCGGCCAGCUGGGGUCAGCGAUCACCUGUGGCGCCUUGGGGGUGGGGCGACGGCGCCGGCGACCCGCAGUGCUCAUCACGAGGUCGCCGUCCAGCCGGUAAUGUGGGUGAAGGAAUGCGUUUGCGAUCCAUGCGAGAAAGAGCAAAUAGGAGAUAACGGGAAUGGGAGCGAGAGCAACGGCGGCGAAGAGCAGGAUGGCUGGUUUAGUCAGCGGGAGGGCGUGAAGGCGUCUCAUUUGGCGGCUGGGGGCAUUCAUGGAGAUGAGCCUUUGUAGUGCGGAAACGCCACCGGUUAUCUUGCCCGCACUUGACCUUGGAAAGAGUCUCACUGUUUAUAAUCAUGCUAUAUCUCACCUGAAGCUGUUGUCACCAUUAAAAGUCGACUGUGAGAGAACUGCUGUCUGUUAGUCCGCGGUCCCUGCCAUUGCAUGCGACAGCAUGCGGCGCGGUGGGUGUUUCUGCAUGAAAACGUAUACAGUGAAUUCAUGAGAUGCGUGAAAACCCGUCACUGUUCUUCAAGUAUUGCAAGCUCGUAAUGGACUCUGGAGAAAAUGCCCGCCAUUUUAAUAA